UUGAUAACCACUCCAUCAGUCCAUAUGGUCGUUAUUAUUGUGCAGUCAGAAAUUUAUUUUAAACAACGAUUUAUUUUACCCCUACCACAAAUCCAUUUCGACUGCGUUUUGUCGUGUUUCACGCCAGCAAUCCUUUGACCUCAUUGUCAGGAAGGAGCGAAGGCAGGCCUGGGCAAACAGGAAUAAAUUCAUCAGAACCGGUGAAGUUCCGUCGAAGUACUGGACAAACUUGAUCGAUUAUGAUAUUUUGAACAUCCUACUUUCAUUUUAGCUUAGUUUUGGUCGUUUUGGGUGAAAUUUGGUCACUCAAAACUUUCUUUGUUUUUCCCUCCAAAAUUCAAGAUGCCGCUAUUGCGACGACAGCCAUUUCACAGACAGAAACCACCACCCGAUUUAGAUGGAGACGAAGAGGUUUUCCACUGCAAACUGACUAACGAGAUAUUUAGAGAUUACGAGGAAUUCUUUGAGCGCAUUAUCCUCUGCAAUAGCCUGGUAUGGUCAUGUUCUAUCACUGGUCGUGCAGGCCUGACGUAUCAAGAAGCUAUAGAAUGCGAAGAGAAGGCCCUGAAAAAUUUGGCUACCUUUCCUGGAUAUUUGCAGAAGCCGGUUUUAUUUCUCGCUAACCUUACCCAUCGAACUCGUUUGGUAGACAUGAAUGACGACAUAUUUGUCUUUGCUAAGGACCGGUUCUUCAUAGGAGAAGUUGCAGAAGUGAUGCUUGGCGGAGAGAGGAAAGCUUGCAAGAUUCUACGUGUGAUUCCACCUAGUUCUGGCAUAUCAGAUGUAAAUGGCUGUAUUGUUAUUGACUCGGACGAAGAAGAAAGUGCAACCAAAAGGAAGGGAGGAUCCAUACUACCAGCAGAACAAUACCGCUAUGUUGUCCAAGAGAGAGGCAAAAACAACAUCACCAUAACAGUACCAUCCAAACAAAUCAGUCGGAAAAAGGGCUUGUACACAAGAGAUAAGAGCAAGCUCUUCCUUAAACAGUAUUGUGAGCCUCACAUGGGAAUCUGGAGAGUCAAGAAUGACAUAGUUAUCAAAAGAGGACUAGACAAGGCCAGCUUCCUGGACUUUUUCUCUGGUCCAGUGCCAGGAUUUGAGAUCACAGAGUCAAAAAGGAAAGCACUGCCAGCAUCAAAGAGGGAUGAAGAAAUGGAAGAACAAGAUACCUCAGGGAAAAAGAAAAAGAAGAAGGAAAAGGAGGAAAAAUCAAAAAAAGAAAAGGUUGAAAAAUCUCCAAAAGCAAAGGCCGAGCUUGAACUAACUAUGGAGCAAAAAGCAGCUAUCAAGGAACAGCUUAAACAGCAAAGGAUGGCUGAAAAAAUGGCAGAAAAAGAAGAAAAAAGAAAGAAAAUGAUGGAAGAAAAACAAAAGCUUAGAGAAGAGAAACAAAAGGAACGAGAAAAAUUGAUGGAAGAACGACGUGUCCAGUUGGAGUAUUUGAGGGAGUGGAAUCGUAUAAGAGACGACAUGGAGUGUGAUGACCUAAAGGUACUGCCAGAGCCUCAACCUGUAAUGACCAAGAUCCCAGUGGAAUCCUUUGGUGAUGCUGUCAUGGUCAUUGAAUUUAUCAAUAGCUUUAAAGCUCUGUUUGAUUUGAAAGAGUAUUUCCCUAAAGGAUUCACAUUUGAGGUAUUAGAGAAAGCCUUGCUAGAGACUGAUCACAAUGGCACACUGACUGACAUCCUACUCAUGAUGAUAACAGCUGUGUUCAACCUUCAGGAGGAGGAGGAAGAGGAGGAGGAGGCUCUUUCUAAAAAGGACAAGGGAGAUAAUCUAUUGGUUGACAUAAUUGAUGAUACAGAUGCCUCCAGUUACCAACUGAUAGAAACAGCAAGCAGUUGCUCCCAGAUUCCUCAGCUUAACCAUGGUUCUUUGCUGAAGAAGCUACCAUUAGAUUCCUUCACUCUAUCGGAGAUUCUCCGACUUCACCUAUUGUCAUCUGGAGCUAGAGGCAAGGAGAAGAAUAUCAAGUACCGUUACCAACAGAGGGGUGGAUACACUUCCCAAGAUGACCCUGGGCUUGACUUCAGGCGUCAGGAGCAGGCUGUACUCAAAAACCUCUCCUGUGUAUGUGUGUUUGACCUUGAACCAGUUGACAAGUUGAAGAUCCUACGUGUACUAAUCCAACAGAUUCUGACAUACGCUGCAACACGUGAUACUAUCGAGGAUAACUAUGAGAGAUUACGUCAGUUGAAGUCAGACCUAAAACAGCUGCAGUGGAGUGAGCAUCGUCGUGAGCGGGAAGAAGCAGCUAUGAGAUACAAGCGUCGUCAAGAAGAGCGUAUGAUGGAAAGAGAAAAACUGGAACAAAAACGUUUGAAAAAAUUGCAACUUUAUGAAGAAAGAUUAAGGCUACAGGAAAGUGGCUUACCAGUGCCACCUUUACCUGAGGAGGAAGAGGACGACGAGAAUGAUGUGAUCCGGUCAGAACAGGAGAAGGAGGAGGAACGUCUUCAGGAGGAGGAAGAAGAGGCAAACAAGAAAGCCGAGUUUGCAUUACAGGAGAAGGAGAUGGUUGACUCCAUUUCUCACCUCCAGCAUGCAAGUCAGACCUAUCCCCUUGGGCGUGAUAGAAUGUAUCGUCGAUACUGGGUUUUCCAGUCAUUACCAGGACUCUUCAUAGAAGAUUGUGAAAUGCAUAUUAAAGAUGAAUACUUGAAACCCGUUCCACAAAAUCCAAGCUCCAAUCCUUUUACUAACGGCACAUUUACAGGACAACAGCUUCUACCAGCAGUAUUCCAGGCACCUCCCAAAAAGAAAGUACCAGAGGAGAAUGGCAGUGACAAAGAGAAUGAUAGCAUGAACUCAUCCUCUGUAAAUAACAGUAUGAAUUUAUCAACAGCAGACAAUAGUAUGAAUGUGUCAACUGUAAGUAACAAUACUCCAGGGAAUACGUCUGUCAACACUAGUCAAAUAGAGACACCACUAACUAAUGGUGCAAGUAGUGAGGGGGCAGUUGAUGAGGUGGUGACGAUUAGUGAUGAUGACUCGCAGCAGGGCAAAACAGAGAAUAUGGACAUAGAUCAGGGGCCGCCAAUGCUUGACAGUUUGGCAAGUAAGCAAAUAAUGGAGGGCCCAAAGCACAUGUGGACCUAUAUAUCCAGUACAGAGCAGUUUGAACAGCUGAUUAAUUCUCUGAACACUCGUGGAUAUAGGGAAUCGGCUUUAAAGCAAAGUUUGAUGGAUCAAAAGAGCAGAGUAGUGGAACUUAUUGAAAAAUGUCCAACAAAAUCAUUGUGUUCUGCACCAGCUGUUCCUGAGCGACUGAUGGAAGACCGAGAGCGGAGUGUGUCACCAGCCAUCGAUGGCACAUCCAAGAAAGCUCCAGUUAAAAAAAUGGCCAAGGGCUUGAUCAAGGGAGAUCUAGCACAGGAAGUUUUAGAAAUUAAUCUUCGAGAGUUACUGCUGGAUCUGGAGGAGAGAGUAUUUGUAGGAAGUCUGGGGUCCCUCAAGGUCAAAGACCGUUUUGUAUGGAGAGAUGCAAUAGAACACGGAAGCUUCGAGCCUCAGACAAAUGAUCCUCUUUUCACUAAAUUUGAUGAAAAGACUGGAGAAAAGAACAAUGAUGAAGACAGUUCCUCUGUAAGUUCCGAUGGAUCAACAGAGUCCACAGUCAAAGAUCUGGCAAAGGCAUUGCUUCAGAUAGAGAUGGCUGUUGAACCCAAGUACAUGACUCCACCUCUUGGUGAGAGUGCCGAAAAACAAAAAUUGAAGCAAUUAAAAAAGAAAAAGAAGGAAGAAGAGGAGGAAAGUGAUGGAGAGGAAGAGGAUAAUUUUAAGACCCAGGGAAGGUCCCUGUUGGAGAGGUGGGAGGAUUCCUUGCUGUACUCCACCAGUCUUUCCCAGAUAUUCCUUUACAUGGCCACGUUAGAGAAGAGCAUAGCCUGGUCCAAGUCUGCCCUACAUGCUCGCUGUCGAAUAUGUCGUAGGAAGGGCGACGCUGAACAGAUGUUACUGUGUGACAUGUGUGAUAGAGGUCACCAUAUGUAUUGUCUGAAGCCAAGACUCAAGAAUGUUCCAUCUGGGGACUGGUACUGUCCAGACUGUAAACCAAAGGAGACCAAAAGGAGCCCUCUAAAGAAUCGACGACGUACAUUCAGUGAGCAGUCAGAAGAUGAAGGAGAGGAGGAGGAAGAGGAAGAAGCAGAUAGUGAUGAAGAAGAGGGAGAAGAAGAGGAAGAUGAAGCAGAGGAGGAGGAAGAUGAGGAAGAGGAAGAAAACAAUGACAACUUGUGUGCAGUGUGUAGUAAGGCUGGUAUGCUCAUCUGCUGUGACACAUGUCCACUAUCUUACCAUUUGGCCUGUGCCAAACCUGCUCUCAAGAAGGUUCCCAAGGGAAAGUGGCUAUGUCAGAUCUGCUCUGGUGUGGAGAAACAGGGAAAGAUAAAGCUUGUUAAACUUCCAGUCAAAGGCGGAAAGAAAGCAUCAAAGUCAACUCCUACAUCAAGUAAGGCAUCCUCAAGGAAGGGUAGUCCUCGUGACAGCCCAGUUACAGUGAAAAAUUCCCGCAAGAGGAGUCGUCCUGCUUCCCCUAUGGAUGAAGUUAAACCCAAGCUAAAGAAGGCUGCCAAAUCCAUGUCAAAGCUAGCUCAGGAUGUAAAUGGAGAUGCAGACAUUAAACAAGUUGCUACUACUAGUUCAAGAGGCAAUUCCAAAGUACAGCAUAUGAAGAUAUGUGAAGACCUUGUCCUUGAGCUGGUUAAGCAUGAAGAAAGCACUCCAUUCCUUAAACCUGUCAGCAAAAAACUGGUUCCCGAUUAUCAUGACAUCAUUGCCUGUCCAAUGGACUUCUCAACCAUCCGAAACAAGAUCAAUAGUUUUAUAUAUACUGAUGCAUUAAGUAUUGUGAAGGAUGUGCGACUCAUCUUCUCCAACUGUGCUCAGUACAACAAAAAACAGACUCCGGAAUACAAAGCUGGAGGGCUUCUUUCCAAGCUAUUUGAGAAACGACUCCGAGAAAACCACAUAGGCAUCGAUGAUUCAGCUCCACCCAGCAAGAAACAACGCCGCACUUUAUAGUGUUGAAUUUAGGAUGGAGAUUUUGUGUGUAACUGAAAAAAGUGGUAAUUGCUUUGGAUGAUUGUUGUUUUUAUCCAUUGCACAAUUUAUUAGUGCAUAUCAAUGGCAACAUUUUGCAAAUAAAGUAUAAUUGUAGUAAGUUUGGAUUUAAUAUCUUGUGCAUGUGAGAAAUUAGUUUACAUUAUAUAAUGUUGAGUUGUUCUCGGUAAGCUAGCAGAUAUUUAAGACUAAUGAUUUGUUUAGAUUUUAACUUAAUUGGUCUGUUGCUUAUCUUUGUAUGGAAAAAGUGACAUAAGAGGUAGCGCAGAAUGAUGUUAAGUAAGUAAUCAUGAACUAUCUAUUGGUACUGGGAGUACCACUGCUAUGAAUAUGUGGAUAGCUAUGGUAGUUUUACGUGUUGUCUUGUUGGAUACUGGGAGUUACUGCUAGGACAAUGAUACUGAGAGUGUUACUGCUAGGAAGUUUAACCUGUUUUCUUUUUACAAUAAAUUUGAAUAUUCAAAGUUAGAAUUCCAUUUAAAGAUUCACUAGGUACCUACAAAGUGAUUAACUGUCAGUUUUAAUUAAAGAAAUUAUUGUUUGUACAGGAGAUGCUGACUGGUAGUUUAAGGUUAUAUGUUCAUUAUACAUCUUUAAAACCAAAAACCAAAAAUUAAAUGCAAAUAAUAAAAAGGUUUUAUAUUAAGGUUUUCUAGAAAAUUAAUCUAAAUCACAAAUGUUGUAAUCAAGUGUUGAAAGGUUUAUUGGGUAUGUACACAUUAUGAACUGCCAAUAUUAGAUAAGUAAUGAAUAUGCCAAAUGGUAGAUAGUUUCAUUUACGAGGCUGUAUGUACAUUAUCCUAGAUUACUAUUACAAUUACUGCCUAAAUUUCAUAGUGAUUAUGUAUUUGUUUACACUAGGUUUGUUUCUAUAAUUAUGUGCCUUGUUUAUAAAAGGAAAAUAUUGUUACAAACACGGAAAAAGGCUGAAGUUCCUGUACUGUAAUUUUCCUGGCACAGAAGUGCCUGUGAUGUAUCAUGGUGCAGAAUUUAUCAACUUUUUAACAUUUUCCUGAAUAACCUUAACAACUAUUGUGGUAUUUGAUAUGUAGCUAGGUAUCUCCAGGUAGACUACAGUGUAUAGUAAGACAAGGUCAUCUGUACCCUAAAAUAUACUAGUGUCUCCAACACAGACACGUGAUGUGUUAAUAAUGUUGUUGCUCAAUAUCAGAAAAUUUACUAAGGAACAUGAAUAUUGUCUCAAACUAGCAUUUAAGAUGUUAUUAGGCUAUUAGUAUUUUCAUGCCAGUGCAUUUCUGAUAUUGAAAACAUGUAGAUAUAUACAGGAAAGAAUCUGGUUUCAAAGCUGCCUUGGUAUUUUGAUCAAUAAGGUUUAAUUUAACGAAAGUUAUUGUGAAGAAGUUUAUUUGCACUAAAUUAUUAUCCUUUAAUAUCAAUGAACUUGUUUGUAUACAUGUUAAAUAAUCUACUCUCACUAGGCCUUGGAUCACUAAAAGUGACAUCUCGCCUUCUUAAGUGUAUGCCCUGUCACUACGAUAAAAGUAAAACCCACCAGUCAGCUAGCAACCUAUUGAUCUAGUACAAAAAGCUUUCUAGUGAUUGAUAAACUCACUCUUAUUAUUAUCAUCUGUAAUUCACAUAAAUGUCUGGUUGAGAUAGCACAUCAAGUGAAGUGUUCACAAUGCAGAACAGCCUAAAUACAUCUUGUUUACAUGUGAUUGAUAUUAGAAUUGCUGAAGGAUCAUCAUUAUGAAUGGAGAACAGUCAGUAUUUUGGUAAAUAUAAAGUGACAUAGUUUUAAAUUGUACUUGGAUUGUAUAGUAUUUUAUUGUUAGGAAUCACCAACAAUAAUUUAAUUAUAAAUGCAUGCGUUUCGUUCUCUGAAAGAAAUGUUGUAAAAAGAUACAAAAGGUGAUAGUACUGGUUCUGUCCUUCUGACGAUGUUGUGGUAUAAAUGUGUUCCUGUGGUAGUUAUAUAUAUUUAUCUCUCAUAUCAUUGUUUAUGGAUGGAAAUAACUUACUGAUUCCUGCCAAGCGGUGUUAUGAAUGGAGGGUGUUGUUGGACCAAAGUCUGUGUGUUGGUGUGGUUACACAAGUCGACUGUUAUUUAUAAACAUCUCCUAUUUCUAUAACUAGAAUUGUGUCUGUGUUAUCACUUGCUAUACUAUUAAAUUAUUGACAACAA